AUGCCGCAUGUGAUCCAAAGCCGUCUGGCGUGCAGCCGCACAAAUGUAAUGUUUGGUGACACGGGUGCUCCAAUCGUCGAAGACCCCUUGUCCAGUACUCUUCGACUCAGCUUUCAGCGGUCUAAGGAGCGUCCUGCUUCUGGCAAACGCGACACGCUGAGCCCACUCGAACUCGUCAAGGAGCAGAUUCGAGGCACAGAUAUAAGAGUGAUCCCUUAUCUCUAUCUCCCAGCGACCACUCCAUUCGCGACCGGCCGUCAAACCAUCUCUAUUCGACUUCGUGUCUCGCGUUCCAGCAACAACAACUCGUUCGCUUCACCAAUUCUCGUCGUCGCCAAGAUGAAAUCCUUGACCAUCAUCGCCGCCCUCGCAUUCACGCUCAUCGCCUUGCUCAGCAAAACAUCCUCCUCGCCCCUCCCGCAACUCGUCCGCCCCACCGUCUCCACCGACCCUUACUCGGCGGUCCUCCUCGAACUCGACGACGGCCACGCCGCCCAAUGCACCAUCCCCGCGCACCCCACCCACCCUUCCCGGUCGCGUACCAAGGCCGACAUGGUCUCGUCCUACCUCGUCGCCAGCGGCAAGAUGGCCUGUCAAGGCGCACGCGAGCACGCCGAUGGCGUGGGAAAGACGCUCCUCUGCGUCAAGGGUCAGUUGAGCUCCAACGACGAUGCCAUCUCCACGUUGAAGGGAGCUUGCGAUGUUCAUCAGGGUCUUCACUCGUCGAUUUGA